CGGUGUUUGUGUCGUUACCACCAUGUCCCCCGCGUCGGCUGCGACUGCCAGUGAGAGCAGCACCACCACGGUCCCGGAAGAGGAGCCCGACGCCCCCCGCGAGGAGCAGCAGCCUCAGAAACAGUCUCUGGCCAAAUCCUUGUGUCAGGAGACGCACUGGAAAUGCCUGCUGCUGUCCCUGCUGAUGUACGGCUGCGUGGGCGUGAUGGCCUGGUGCCAGGUGACCAAGGUCACGCGCCUGUCCUUCGACAGCGCGUACAAGGGCAAGUCCAUGAUGUACCACGACAGCCCCUGCUCCAACGGCUACAUCUACAUCCCGCUGGCCUUCCUGGUCAUGCUCUACGUGGUCUACCUGGUGGAGUGCUGGCACUGCCACACCCGCAACGAGCUGCAGCACAAGGUGGACCUGGACAGCGUGGCGGAGCGCGUCCAGCGCAUGCAGCAGGCCACGCCCUGCAUCUGGUGGAAGGCCAUCAGCUACCACUACGUGCGGCGGACGCGGCAGGUGACGCGGUACCGCAACGGGGACGCCUACACCACCACGCAGGUUUACCACGAGAGGGUCAACACGCACGUGGCGGAGGCGGAGUUCGACUACGGGAACUGCGGCGUGAAGGACAUCUCCAAGACCCUGCUGGGCCUGGAGGGCUUCCCCGUCACCCGGCUGAGGUUCACCAAGUGCUUUAGCUUCGCCAACGUGGAGUCGGAGAACUCCUACCUGACGCAGCGCGCCAGGUUCUUCACGGAAAACGAAGGCCUGGACGAUUACAUGGAGGCCCGAGAGGGGAUGCACCUGAAGAAUGUAGACUUCAAGGAGUACAUGAUUGCCUUUUCCGACCCCGGCCGGCUCCCCUGGUACGCCACCAACUCCGCCUUCUGGGCGGCGGCGGCUCUCACCUUCUCCUGGCCCCUGCGGGUGCUGACGGAGUACCGCACCGCCUGCGUGCACUACCACGUGGAGAAGCUGUUCGGCUUCGACUACGUGCCGGCGACGCCGUCCGAGGAGCGGCCGUACUGCAGACACAUCCCGCGGGUCAACACCAUCGACAGCACGGAGCUGGAGUGGCACAUCCGCUCCAACCAGCAGCUGGUGCCCAGCUACUCGGAGGCGGUGCUCAUGGACCUGGCCCAGCUCUCCGGGAGCUGCAACAGCUACUCGGUGUGCGGCGGCGGCUACCGGCAGAACUGCGAGCGCUGCCACCGCGCCAUCAGCAGCUCGUCCAUCUUCUCGCGCAGUGCCCUCAGCAUCUGCAACCCGGGCAGCCCCCGCAUCCCCUUCAGCGCCAGCCGCUUCUCGCUGGGCCGGCUGUACGGCUCGCAGCGCAGCUGCCUGUGGAGGAGCAGCGGCAGCCUGAGCGAGCGGCCCCGCGCCACCGAGAGCACCCGCUGCCUGUCGGGCCAGCAGGCCGGCGAGGAGAACCCCCCCGCCUACCAGGACGCCCUCUACUUCCCCGUCCUCAUCGUGCACCGGAACGAAGGCUGCCUCAACCACGACCACCGCUCCCUCCACAGGAACGGCUCCUGUGUGGAGACUUCUCUAUGAC